AUGUAUUCUAGACCAUCAUCAAGCUCAAGUUCAAGCUCAUCUUCUUCAAAUACUGAAGAAUAUGACCAACUUGUUGAUGAACUCUUCACAUACCAACCCCCAUCUGUCCUCAUGCCCCAAACACAAUCCCAACACUCUUCAAAAAAACCUAGAGGGGGUACGAAUAGAAGAGAUAGGGAAAUUGGACAUGCCAGGUUGUUUAAUGAUUACUUUUCCGAUAAUCCUGUGUACAACACCACCCAAUUUAGAAAAAGAUUUCCGGUGAUAGGAAUGUUAGGCUACGGCAUGGCUGCGGACGCCAUGGAUGAAUACGUUCGGAUCAGUGAGUCAACCGCUCGAGUUGCUCUUCAACGUUUUUGUACCGGUGUCAUUGAGCAGUUCGGAACCGAGUACAUGCGAAACCCUACAACUGAUGAAUUGGCCAGAAUACUGCAUCAAAAUGAACUGCGCGGUUUUCCAGGCAUGAUAGGCAGCAUUGAUUGCAUGCAUUGGGAAUGGAAGAACUGUCCAACGGCAUGGAAAGCGCAGUACGCCGUGUUCGAUGAGGUUCUGCAUGGUCGAGCUCCUCCGGUAAAUUUUACCGUUAACGGCCAUGAAUACAACAUGGCAUAUUACUUAGCCGACGACAUUUAUCCGAAGUGGGCAACUUUUGUUCAGGGUAUCACAACCCCUCAACUUCAAAAAGAUAAAUUGUUUGCUGACCACCAGGAUGCUGCUCGAAAGGACGUUGAAAGAGCAUUCGGUGUUUUGCAAGCUCGAUUUGCAAUAAUACGAAAACCGUCACUGGCGUACGAUGAGGACAUACUGCGAGACAUAAUGAAAGCAUGUAUCAUUAUGCACAAUAUGAUUGUUGAAGAUGAGCGCCACAACUACACUCGAGCCGAAGUUCUAAGAGCCUUAUACGAAGAAGAUCAACAAGAAUCAACACCAGCAUCAACAUCUACAACGCCACCGUUUGAAUUCAACGUAGGCCGACCUACCAACUUUGACUUCAACGCAUUUCUACAGCGAAAAGCUUCCCACAGAGAAAUUCAUCUAUCUCUGAAACGUGAUUUAGUCGAACAUAUUUGGCAACGAUACGGGCCACGUAAUUAG